UCUUUUUCUCACUCGAUAAGCGUCGCAGCCAGCCAGCCAUGGUGUCCAAACCAAGCCAGUCCACUCCAAGGCUCAGAUAGCCAAGUGAUGGUCUUGGGGCCACGGCACUUAAGAUGAAUCAGCUAAAGAAGCAAAUUCUGGCAGAGAGACUUGUUGAGAUAAGAGGAAAGGUUGAGAAUAAUGGGAAGAGUCUACAAACUAAUUUAUUGGAGACAUUGUCAUUAGCAAAAUCCACCAAGGGUAAUUCAAAUUUAGAGGAGGAAAAUGGUGGGAAAAUGCUGUGUUUGAGAAUUGAGAAACCUCUUUGCAAGUUUAGUGGAUGUGCUCAAGGUUUUGGUGAUAAAGACCAUGUUAGCUAUCAUGAUUUUGUACCCCAAUCGAGUAUUAAGCUUCCUUAUGUUGAGAGUCUACCACCUUAUACCACUUGGAUAUUCUUGCAAAGAAAUCAGAGAAUGGCUGAUGAUCAGUCAGUGGUUGGAAGGAGAAGAAUUUACUAUGAUGAAGAACAUGGCAGUGAGGCUUUGAUAUGCAGUGAUAGUGAGGAAGAAAUUCUAGAACACGAGGAAGGGAAACGUGAAUUUUCUAAAGGAGAAGACCAAAUCCUCUGCACGGUCUUUGGCGAGCAUGGGCUAGGUGAGGAAGUGGUGAAAAGUGUGAGCAAUUUUAUUGGAGUUAGUACUGUGGAAGUUCAGGAAAGGUAUAACACAAUCAUAGGAAAGAGCGAAGAACUCGACCCUAAUAAUGGCAAGGUAUUUGAACCUGGUAAGGGCAUGUUGCUGGACAAGAGUCUUACAGAUGCUUUAGAUUCUUUUGAUAACCUUUUCUGUCGGCGUUGCAUGGUAUUUGACUGCCGUCUUCAUGGCUGUUCUCACACAGUUGUUUUACCUAGUGAAAAGCAAAUGUAUUGGUCUGAACAUGAAGAUGAUAGGAAGCCUUGCAGUGAUCAGUGUUAUCUUAAGUUUAAUAUUGUUAAAAGCUUGCCGGGGGGUCCAAAAUCUAAUAAUGUCCUAAGAUUACCGUCUUCUAUUGCUGGAGAACCUAGUGCCACUGCCAACAUUAUUACAAACAUCGCAAGUGAUGAUAGAUCCGUUUCUCAAGAAAUUGUCCCUACUAAUUCAAAUGCUAUUUGCAUUUCAGAAUCUGCUGAAGCUCUGAAUGUGGAUAUACCUACUACAAUCGCAAUAUGCCACGAGAGCAUGGGAAAGCGCAAGACCGUGAAGGAAACUGACGCAGGACUAGAACUAGUCAGGGUUUCUGAUGAUCUCGAGGCUUCAAAUAAAAAACAGAAAAGACUAAAUGUUUUCAACGCCAAAAGUGGAACAACAGAAGAUAUUCCAGUUCAGGGUUGUGAGCUUAGCACCAAAACUAGACAUCUUGAUGUUGUUUUACAUAGUAAAAGUGAACAUCAGAUGAUUGAGAAGAACUCUGGAAAUCUUUCCAUUGAUGAACCAGGUGUAGUGGAAGCACUUGAAUUGAAACGACCAUUUGACUCCAAAGAAGGAAAAAUUUUAGGAAUUUCUAGUAGCACUGAGUGGAAACAAAUGGAGAAAGAUUUAUAUAUGAAAGGAUUGGAGAUAUUUGGAAGGAAUAGUUGCCUCAUAGCCAGGAACUUACUUUCUGGCUUCAAGACCUGCUUAGAAGUCUCUAGUUACAUGUGCGAGGGUGGAGUAUCAAUGACGCACAAAUCUAUUGCUGGACCAAGUUCAUUUACGGAUGAAAAUGGGAACACUGAGACGGAUUAUACAGACCAAGAGAUGCCAGCGAAGUCCCGGUUGAUCCGUAGAAGAGGCAAAGCACGGAAGCUUAAAUACUCUAUGAAGUCUCCUGGUCACCCAUCAAUUUGGAAAAGGAUUGCUGAUGGAAAGAACCAGUCUUGUAAGCAAUAUACACCGUGUGGUUGCGAAUCUAUGUGUGGGAAGCAGUGCCCCUGUCUAGUAAAUGGAACUUGCUGUGAAAAAUACUGUGGGUGUUCAAAGAGCUGCAAAAAUCGGUUCAGAGGAUGCCAUUGCGCAAAGAGUCAAUGCAGAAGUCGCCAAUGCCCAUGCUUUGCUGCUGGACGUGAAUGUGAUCCAGAUGUUUGUCGAAAUUGUUGGGUUAGUUGUGGAGAUGGUACACUAGAGGAGCCACCCAGACAAGGAGAUGGCCAAUGCGGAAACAUGAGGCUCCUUCUGAGGCAGCAACAAAGGAUUCUUCUGGCAAAGUCUGAUGUUGCUGGAUGGGGAGCCUUUAUAAAGAACUCUGUGAACAAAAAUGAUUACCUUGGAGAAUAUACCGGUGAACUUAUUUCCCAUCGAGAAGCUGAUAAGCGUGGGAAGAUAUACGACCGUGCAAACUCAUCCUUCCUUUUUGACCUAAAUGACCAGUACGUCCUAGAUGCUUAUCGAAAAGGUGAUAAGCUAAAAUUUGCAAACCAUUCAUCAAAUCCCAACUGCUAUGCUAAGGUAAUGUUGGUAGCCGGAGAUCAUCGAGUUGGCAUUUUUGCCAAAGACCAUAUUGAAGCUAGUGAGGAACUCUUCUAUGACUAUCGUUAUGGACCGGCUCAAGCUCCUGUGUGGGCUCGAAAACCCGAGGGGUCUAAGAGGGAGGAAUCAUCAGCUUCUCAAGGCAGAGCAAAGAAACACCAAUCUCAUUGAUGAUGGUAAACAUAAAUUAGGCUAUACCAUACAUUAUCAUUGAAUCAACUCUCACAUAAUUCUAUUAUAAGGAAGCUUGUGAUUUUGUGGAGAAGUUAUCCUAAGCCUUUAUACAUGAGAAAUGUCCCUAUAGAUGAAUAUGUGCUUACUUCUAGUAUCUAUUAUUCUAACACAUUGGUACUAUUAUUACAUUAUUACAUUUGGCAAUAAGCUAGAAAAUUUUACUAGCACUUUAUUCCAAUUAUAGUUUAUCAAUGUAAGGUACUACAAAGAUCAUCAUUUGGUGCUCUUUUAAUAUGGUAUUUAUAAUAUAUGAGAGGGAUAGCUCAAA